GUGGUGCUAUUCGUACUCAAUCAUUGAAGAUAUAGUGCCCGCCACUGCACAUCAUCCCUCUUAUUUCCUUUCUACCUUGUAGGCCUCAAUGUCGCGAUUAUAACAUCCAUCUUCACAUACCUUACAAAAAUUUAUCUCCUUUGCAUUUUCUAACUAUCUACAGGACGUCGGCCUGCCAAUCUGACACAAACUAGGGAAAAAAAGUAAUUUCUCUUACUUACCUCGACUUGGAAAGAAUCUUGUGUGCAAAUCUGAAAAUCGCGGGGUACAAAGAAAAACGCUUGGAGUCAGCAGCAUCAUCGCCAGGUUGAAGACGAUAAUUUUGUCCCGGGUCCCCAAUCCUUCAACAAGUGCUUGAGGGAUAAGCAGUAGAGCCUGUUUCCCACGACAAGAGAAAGGAUUUGUUUCUGUGACGAGACAAGUCUCCCGUAAAUACCUAAGGUAUCCUUGGAGGUGAUCGUCGGCAUCUUCGGCACGAAGUAGAAAAAAGAAAAAAAGAUCGAAGCCUAGAACGGCCGUACUGCGGGACUGCAUCGACACAUUGUCAGUCUACCAACACCACUACCACCACUUCGACUCGAAAUUUCUGAACCCAAUCGUCAUGCCUUCUCGCAGCCCUCUGCCCAAGGGAUUCGACUCGAUCGAAUCCACGAUCGAGGCCUUCCGCAACGGCGAGUUCAUCGUCGUGCUGGACUCUCAGGACCGCGAAAACGAAGGAGAUUUGAUCAUCGCCGCCCAGGACGUCACGGCCGAGAAGAUGGCAUUCAUGGUCCGAUACACGAGCGGGCUCAUCUGUGCGCCCAUCACGUCAAAGCUGGCGGCCGAGUUGGAGUUGCCUCAGAUGGUGGUGGACAAUGAGGACCCGAACCGCACGGCCUACACCGUUUCCAUCGACUCGAACGACGCCAGCGUCACGACGGGGAUUUCGGCGCACGAUCGUGCCUUGACCUGUAGAACCCUGGCCAGCCCAAAGGUCUCGGCGGCCAGCUUCAGACGUCCCGGACACGUUUUCCCGUUGAAAGCCCGGGAUGGCGGUGUCCUCGAACGGACUGGCCACACCGAGGCCGCCGUCGAGUUUUGUCGAUUGGCUGGGAAAGCUCCCGCUGGUGUCAUCUGUGAGAUGGUCGAGGAUGGAGAACCGGUACAAGGGCAGACCAUGAUGCGAGAGCCGGGCAUGAUGAGACGAGACGCUUGUUUGGAGUUUGGGAGGAAAUGGGGCCUCAAGGUCUGCACGAUUGAGGAUUUGGUCGAUCAUGUUCAGCAUGAGAAGAAGGAGAAUGGUGCUAAUGGAGUUCUUAAUGGGCAUUCUUGAGAUAUUGUGUGAUUUAUGCUCGUCGAGACAAAAAACCACCCCAGACACAUACCUUGAUAUCUAGUACUUGCAAAUCUGUGUUUUCUUGCAAAUCAUUAUGAUCCUAUGGGCCACCAUGAGCACAAUAGACUACGCUGAAUAACGUACACUGGAGGUUGCAC